UUGGAUGUUGUCCCUCUUCCCACCUUUUCUAGACACUGGGAAUUUACGUUUGCUCUCCAAGUCUCGUCAGGGGCGUGCAAAAUGCCUUUCGCCAAAAGGAUCGUGGAGCCCCCGCUCCUGUGCAGGCACCCGAUCCCCAACGACGAGGGUCUGCUCUUCGAGGACCUGUGCGCCAUCAGCAACGUGGUUCUGUCCCGGACCUUGCGACAGCUGUCCGACCUGGCCCGGCACGCGUGCUCCCUGUUCCAGGAGCUGGAGAACGACAUCGUCAGCACCAGCCAGCGGGUCUGGGGGCUCCAGAAUAAAAUAGGCCAGAUCCAGCAGAGUGCCGGUGCCCUGGACCCCAAAAAGGAGGCAGUGCCUGUGUCAAACUUGGAAAUAGAGAGCAAGCUGUCCCUUCACUACCAGGCCCCGUGGCACCAACAACACAACGUGUUCCACCCGUGCACCCGACCGCCAUGUCUGGAGGAGCUGCACAAAAACGCUCAGCUCAGCCUGCGGGCCCUACGCAGAGACGAAAAGCUGAACGAGCGGCCCACGAGUCGAGAGAAGAACAGGGUGACCAUCUCCAUCUCGACGGUGCCCCCUAUACCCAGCUUCCCCUCACCACAUUCCAUCAGGCGGCAACAGAGAAGUCGGCUGGCUCGAGCGCAAGAAAGAGAAGAGCGAGAGCGAGAAUUAGACUUUCAACCAAGGAAGGAGAGGACAGCGGGAGAAACAGAAAUCCAAACAAUUCAGAGGAAGGAGAGAGCAGGGAAGGAAGCGGACAUUCAGACGACGCAAAAAAAGUUUGAGUGCUUUUACUCACUUCACCGUAUUGAGGGAUGUAUCUUCAUUCCGUGGAAUAGAAAGGCUACCUCAACGGGCGAAGGAGACGACGAGGAGGUGCUAACAGGUCACAAAACAAAGACCUCAACGCCCGCUGUCCCCUCGGCCCCCGACAAAGAGACAAAAUGGUCCAAGGAGAACCUGUCCCCCUCUGAUCAGAAGACAACUUUUGACGAAUCUCGCGGCGUCUCCUCCUGUAUCAUCCCCAUCAACGUCACAGGAGUCGGAUUUGAUCGCGAGGCGAGCGCACGAUGCUCCCUUGUCCACUCCCAGUCGGUUCUUCAGAGAAGGAGGAAGUUACGGAGGAGGAAGACCAUCACUGGAAUACCCAAACGAGUGCAACAGGACAUGGACUCAGACGAAUCACCGGUAGCGAGAGAACGGACAGUAAUUGUCCAUGCCAAUCCGCACCAACUCUCGCUGUGUCACGAAGACUUCUCAAUUAGUGGUCGCCUUCACCACACUCGAGACUCUGGCUGCCAAACAGACGAUUUCCUCAUAGCAUGUACAGCAGCUCCUUCCAGGAGACGUAUUCGAGCGCAACGAGGCCAUCAGGGAAUCCCGGCCUCUCUGUCCCACUCGACGGGCAACAUUUCUUCCCUUGGCGACCAGUCCGACUCCACGUACACAAGCACCGCAACGCACACCGGACGCUUGCGAUCUCGCAGCCUCCCGCGAGAGGGCGGACGCCUGACGGACAGUGACGAGGACGACGAUGACAAUUACGACGACGACGACGACGACGACGAGGAUGAGGAAUUGUCACCGUACGAGGCAGAGGAUUUUAUUCCACCCGGCCCAAGUCCGCGGAUGAAGAUGAUGAUGAUGAAGGAUGAAGAGGAGAGCACCGACGACCAGGCAGCUCCCGAGCCACUGCAACUAGGAAGCCUAAAACGGUUGCAACGAUCUGGGGAAAGAGAUAGAGGAGGAGGCAGCCCAGAGCACUGCUGGAUGGAAAGGGGCCGGUCUCGCUUGCCGCGAAAAGCUGACAUGGGCAGCUGUGAGAUUUCAUCGAGUUCCGAUACUUUUAGCAGCCCAAUUCAUUCCGUGUCGACAACAGGGGCUCUGAGUAGCCACGUGGACCACAAGGAAGACCAUCAGUCUUCAAGUGGCAAUUGGAGUGGCUCCAGUUCUACGUGCCCAUCUCAGACCUCUGAAACGAUCCCACCACCUUCUUCUCCGCCGCUUACAGGCUCGUCCCACUGUGACUCUGAACUAUCGCUUAACACUGUACCCAAUGCCAUGGAUGAGGGAUUUUCCUUGGACCCCUCAUACCAUUCUGAAAUGAGACCUCAAGGACCAGGCCACAGGUCGAGCUCUUUCACAUCCUCAGCAACAGACCAGCUAGAUGAUGCGGGGGUGAGUACAGCCAGCGAGGGGGAAUGGGCAUAUCCUCCAGACCAGGACCAGAUUGACCCAGACCAAUACCAUCAGCAGACCCAAAACCCCGGUCAAACCCACCACUGUAGUUCCAAACAAGCUCUAGAAGACCAAACGUGUUUCAGUGAAAAGACCAACAACGCUGACAAAGAAACUGGCUCUCGUUACUCAUCCGAUGCGGAGGGUUUGUACACAUCUGAGCAGUUUUCUAAGAGCAAUCCGACUUACAGAAACUACAUCUAUAACUAUGCAGACCAUCAGAGUGAUUGUGACCAAUCCAACACUGUGGCACCACACCCCGUUUCCCAAGGAGUUUAUUCCCCAGCCUCAGCUGACUACAAAACAGGCACCAUGACACUGGGUAGGCCCUGUCUUCCACUGAGGAAACCCAAAGUUAAACCUCCCCCACCCAUACGGACAUCGUCCCUGAAAGACGCCAGUAAUAGUGUUGAUGUGGGAACAGACACACAGGCAGAUCAAGAAGAACCAAAGAUGGUUAGCGAACAAGACUGCGCAUUGUCUUCCACGGAUAUUAAGUUGGAACUGGAUCUAGGAGGCAUUCAAGAACCCUCAGAGACAUCCUGCCUUGUCGCAGAGCCCAUGGGAACGUGGGUUAUGGGGCUAGGAGAAACAGAUAUAGUCGAACCCAUGUCCUUUAGCUCAGCAGACACGCACUCGUUUAAGGAUGAAGGAGCUGUACAAUCUGACUAUGCAGACCUGUGGCUUCACAAUGCUGAGUUGAAGUCCAGCAACUGUGAGUACAAAUCCCUGUCCAACUCGAGCACAGCAACAGGGACAACUGUUAUGGAUUGUAUCAAGUCCCCAGACAGCUCUUCCUCCUCCACCGACACGCAAUCCCAGAAUCUUUCCCAGUCUUCUGAGACAAGAGCUGCUAGUCCACCUCAACCACCCGGAGACUUUAAACUCGGGUCACCUGAGAAGUUGGCCGGCCUGGCGUCACCAUCCAGUGGUUAUUCCAGUCAAUCCGAAACACCAACUUCUACCUUGCCGUCAACUUCAACAGCCUUCUUUCCAGGACCGCUGUCCCCAUCCACCGGCAAAAGAAAGCCGAAAGUGCCAGAGAGGAAGUCUUCUCUCUCUUCGUUGCAACACCUUCCGAGGGAUGGAACUACUGUUGCCUCCGCUUACAAGAGAGACCCGGACUUCCCGCCUCCACCUUCUCAGCUUGAUCUUAACAUUCUUCACGGCGGCUACGUCAGGCAGACGCUGUCGCACAGGACGCAGCACCUGCAUACGCUUCACCACAGCAAACACAGAGUCGCAAAUGCUGUGCCCACGGGACCAAAGACGUUGGUGCCCGAGACGUUAAAUAGCAACCUUCCACCGUGUUCAAACUCUGCUGCUUUAAUUCCAACCUCAAAUCUGUUGGCAAUAACGCCAUCGAUUCUACGUUCAGUGCAGCUUCACUCCGUCAGUAAAUCGAGUAAUAACGUGACCACUUCAGACCUGGAAUCUGCAAGCUCAGCAAGAACCCUUACCAAACCCAAAUGUCCUCCCAGUGGGGCUACUCUAGCCCCACCCCCAAUCCACACGAGGCCUCUGCCACCUCGCAGACCGCCCCCCAGACCUCCAUCUCAGGACUACACCUCCUCUCCGGAUCACGCUCAACCGCCCACCCCCGGACGUCACCCAGAUGGGCCCCCAUCUUACGAAAGCCUCCUACUCAGGCAAGAUCGAUACGGGCCUGGUACCUUCUGGUCAAUGACGGCAUUCAGGACCCGUAUAGACCCUUUUUCAGAACUCUCCGAUGACAGUUCGCCUUUGCAUCGGCCGGUGCCGCGCGCUCCGCACCCUUCGCCGGUGGAUCUACACACACAUAUUCGCUCGCACACAGAAUUUAGAGGGCUCACUCAUUCAACUUGCGCACACCCCGAGUUUCGGAUUUUAGGGGAGCGUUCUUUUUCCCAAGAUGAUGACGACGAGGAAGAUGAGGAGGAAGAAGAACAGGUAAAAGAACCACAGAGGGUUACAUGUCACAGGGCGGGCAUGCGAUCGGAUCACCCUCCCCCUCCCGCCUACGAGUUUGCCGGAGGAUCUCACCUGGACUCAGGACCCUGGACUAGUCCAGUCAAAGUGCCUGGUACCACAGCGGACACAUCGCAUCCUUACCUAAUCAGCGAUGCAAGGCGAAUGAGGCAAGCGGUGCAGGAAGACGAGGAAGAGACAUCAGGUGCUACCAGAAGUGCCCAUCACCUGUUGCCGCACGAGAAUAAAGACGACUCCACCACCCCCGAAACGGAAGACUACUUCAGUAAAGAUUCCACACCCACUGACAACUCGCUUUCCCCUUUGACGGACGACGCCAAAGUUGACGACGAUAUGACAACAUCCCCCAACAAGUCCAGGACAACUGAGGAUCUGUUUGCCAUGAUACACAGAUCCAAGAGAAAGGUCCUCGGCCGCAAAGAUUCCGGAGACUUAAAUGUGAAGUCUCGUCUCUGCCCCCCAGCACCGCCGAAUCCUCACAGUGUCACCAAUGCCAUUAUGCCACCAGCCCCCCCGCUCAACACCCCGGCCACCGUAGCCGCCGUUUCUGGGUCGCAACGCGUCCCCGUUCCGAUCUACCGCAGCGCGAAGAAAUCCAGCACAUCCAACGAAGAGUUCAAACUCCUGCUGCUUAAGAAAGGCAGCAGGUCCGAUUCAAGCUACCGCAUGUCAGCCACAGAAAUUCUGAAGAGCCCGAUAACGCCAAAGACCCACGGGGAAUCCAUUCUGGAAGGCCCCAUCGGUCAAGCCGAAGAGACGACCUCAGCGCCCCAGGAACCGCCGCUUCCCAACCUGGACCCGAUCCAGAUACCGGGCCUCUUUCCCCGGGCCAACUCCGAGAGCUUCACCCCGAAAAUACUGCCCAUGACGGCGGCGUCUCGGCAGGGACGCUCUCGGGUUCCGCCGGUAGCCAACAGUAGUCGCUAUAGUACUCGUAGCCGCCUCUACACUGCACCCAUGCAAGCCAUCUCUGAGGGGGAGACCGAGAACUCAGAUGGAAGUCCCCAUGACGACAGAUCUUCGUAG